ACGUUGCAUUAUGGGAUGGUAAUGGUGGGCGCGUGAUUUUGAACAAACACAGAAUGCCUAUCGAAAAAACAGGCAUUGAAAAUGGUAACAGUACUGAGGUAAUGCUCCAAGAUUGUAACACAGUGACAGUAUCAUCUGAAGCUGAUUUAGAAGAAAACUCCAAUACCAACUCAAACUUUGGUGAUAUCCCAGUGGAAUGUAAUAGUGUUAAAUCACAUGUUUUAGAUAAAGUUGACAACCUGGAUUCAGACAUUGUCAGUCAUGAUCAGGAUGUGGCAGCAUUGCUUGGUAACUCUGUACAGUCAAGUGAUAAUGCCCUUCCUACAAUAACCUUGGCAUCUGAGGACUUCAGCAGUGAAGUUGUGACAAGUGUAACACAUACUGUCUCUAAUUCUAAUGAAGUGACUACCACACAAUCUCUAAAAAGACAACUCUCUUCAACUACCCCUCCAGUUGUACAUAAAGUCAUAAUAACUAAGAAUCCUAAUAGUGAUCAACCUCAGGUCAUGCCAGUUCAAGUGAAUCAGCUGGGACAACUCCAGCUGCAACCUGGACAGAGUUAUAGUGUGGCCUCCUCAGGGGGCAUAAGUCUUCUACCUCAGGGAGCACAAACACCAACAAAAACAAUCACUAUUUCUCCACAGGGUGUUCUGUCUCCAGGAAAACAAUAUGUUACUAUACCUACUACACCUACUAAAUUGUUAGGUGUGCCAGGAAAUAAAAUACCAAUCUCUCCAGCAUCAAAAACUCCAACUAAAAUAACCAUGAUCCCAGUGACUAUUGGAAAAUCUCCUCAAAGACUUGUACCAGCAUCUUCUGUGUUGAAUAAACAAGUGAAUAUUUCAUCAGGGGCUGGAGGGUCUCGUCCAACACUGAUUACGAUGUCACCUUCAAAGGUCAUGAAAGAAGGCACAGUGGUACAGCAACGACCAAUCCAAAUUCAACCUUCACAAGCAAAACAGAUUAUAACAGUGCCAACUGGCAGUGGAGUUAAACAAGUCCAGAUUCCAAUUUCCAUGCAGGGCAGUCGAUUUCAGUAUGUUAGACUGGUAUCUCCUAGUUCACCGGCAGCCAUGGCUGCAGGCGUGUCUAAAGGCACCACAUUGACAUCUUUAGUUCAGUCAGCGAAGUCCAUAGCUCCGGCCCUGAGUACAUCUACUGUUGUUUCUCAGGCUAAUCUCCAACAACUGAAGAUCACACUGCCAGCCCAAGGAACAUCACAAAUUGUUACUUCGAAACCCCAGACUACACAGAAUGUUCAGCGAAUUUUAUUGCCAGCUGCUCCUACUCAGCAAGUAGCAAUCCGUGUUACAACACCAAAUCUUGCUACUUCAACAUCAGUAGCACAGAUACGCCCCGCAGGUUCCAGUGUGACUAACAUUACUGGCCUACCUCCAGGCACCACUUUGCUCUCAGGGGCAUCAGGUCUGCAGGGAUUUGCUUUGGUCCCAGCUUCAUACAUGACACAGUUACAGCAGCAGCAGAUGCAGCCAAAAAGCAUCACAGUGCAGCAACCCUCUCUGCCUUCAGCAACCACAGCAGCAGAACCCCAGUCUGUUAUACAACAACAGAGACAGGAGUUUGUACCUAUUGCUAGCAGUGACCCUUCACUUAGUGCUAACCUCAAACAAAGUGUUAAUGGGUCUGCAAUAGAAGCCACAGGAGCCAGACCUAGGAAGCCGUGUAACUGCACCAAAUCUCAGUGCUUGAAGCUUUACUGUGACUGUUUUGCCAAUGGAGAAUUCUGUCACAACUGCAAUUGCAACAACUGUGCCAAUAAUCUGGAACAUGAGGAAGAGCGUUCCCGGGCCAUUAAAUCAUGUCUAGACAGAAAUCCUUUGGCAUUCCAUCCAAAGAUUGGUAAAGGACGAGAUGGAGAAAGAGACCGAAGACAUAACAAAGGAUGUAACUGUAAACGAUCAGGAUGCCUCAAGAAUUACUGUGAAUGCUAUGAGGCAAAAAUUAUGUGCUCAAGUUCCUGUAAAUGCAUUGGGUGUAAAAACUUUGAGGAGAGUCCAGAGAGAAAAACAUUGAUGCAUUUGGCAGAUGCAGCAGAGGUCAGAGUUCAACAACAAACGGCAGCAAAAUCCAAACUCUCCUCGCAGAUAUCGGGAAUUCCAUCUAGGCGGCCUCAGGCCACAGCAACAGGAGAAAGGUUGCCCUAUACAUUUUUAACGGCGGAUGUUGCUGAAGCCACUUGUGCCUGUCUCUUGGCUCAGGCUGAGGAAGCAGAGAGAUUAAAGAUGCCACCCGUCGUACAGGAGAGGAUGGUCAUCGAGGAAUUUGGACGCUGCCUUCUUCAAAUCAUAGAAUCUGCAAACAAAACAAAAGAAAACCCAGACACAUGAUAGUAUGAAGCAUGAUCUUGGAUCCACACCUGUGUAAUUCCAGCUCUGCUCCACCACAUUGUAACCUGUACCUUGUGUGUGUGUUUGUGUGUGCUAUUUCAUACACUGAAGGAGUCUGGCCACUUUCUAACAGUAUUUUAUCAAUGUUGAUGCUUGUGAAGGUUGACAGGACAAAACAGCGAGGGCUAACCAAGGAAGAACUCGCCACAUCUACAAGAAAUUCACCCAGCAGGGAUAAUCCUCAAUGGGAUCAAGCCAGAACUCUGUUAUUAGAAGUGAAGGCAGCGUCUACAGUAACAUGACACUCUGUGGAAUAAUGCAAGUGCGAUUAACUAUGGUUAAAGCACCGAGAAAAAUGAAUUUUUUGUGAAGUGAUUGGUCAGAAUGCUACACAUGUAUUUCAGUACUAGUACUCUACAGCUAUAUCUCAUUAUAUUUACUUUCAUUUUAAUUGGGGUUUGUUUGCAUAAUCUGUAUUUAUUGUUAUUACUAGAUAGUUCAGCUGAAUUUUAAUUUUCUAUACAAUUUGUUCAAAGUUUUGGACUAGAAAUAUUUUUUCAACUUUUAGAUUCACAUUUCAAAUCGGAACAGCACACAAACAGUAAAUUUUUUUUUUUUAAAAAGUAGCUCAGGAAGACCAAUGCAUUUAAUACAAUUUAUUUGGAGUUUAUUCCUCUUGGCUAGUCAGGUGUUUCUGACACACAUCCCUACAAACUCUUGUUUAUUCCACAUGAUUUCUACCUCUGAGUGUAUACAUUGACAAAGUUGAGGAGAGUUGGGAAAUUGAAGUAUUGAAAGAAUAUUAGGGAUUGAGAGAUCAUUAUAUGAUAGGAUGCAGUCAAAAAUCUGUCAUGUACACUUCAGAGUAAAUAAAGCUACUAAAUCAAAUGAUGACUGUGCUAAUUAUAAAAUCACCAAUACUGGAAGUUAUCAUAUGGAUCAUUAAGUUAGCUGUUUGUUCCGAGUGACAUGUUGUCAAGUAGUAGUCAAACACCUGAUUGCUGAUUUUGCCAAAGACUAGGAACUUUGAAAUGCAUUUUUUGAUUAGUCAAGCAAUAUCAAUUGAAUCCAAUUACAUUUACAUAAAAAAAUACUGAAUUUGAUGCAUUGUAGUACAAUAGGCCAAGGGUUUGUAAGACGAAGCAUAUCAGAAACACUUGGCUAAGAAAGAGGAUUCUUCCAUAAAUAGAUCACAUUUAAAUGUUAAAAUUUAGAGUUAAAAUUGCUUAAUUUUGCGGUAAAUUUAGAAGUAAAUACACAUGUUUUAUUUAUUUAUUUUUUUUUACAUUUUAAAACAAAUAUAUUGAUAAAAUUUUAUUCUAGCCAUUCAUGUUUUUAAUUUUGAGAACACAUUUGUUACAUGUUACUGAGGCAGUAUCAAUAUUUAAAUCUACAAGGUAAUAGUUAAUAGAUGGAAAAUAAUUGAAUUAAUGCAUGUAUAUACAGAACUGUAUGGUACCACAUCAUUUCACCAAAUUUUUGUGGUGGUAAAUAUAGAAAGGCAAUUUUUUGUUGCUGUUGGUUGAUUAUUGAACUUAGAUAGUUAUACUUUGAUAAUAUAUUAAUAAAUACAACAGUUUUAUCACCAAACAGUUGAAUGGUAACAUUGGGUACUAUUGCUCAAGUCUGAUAUUGCUAAAAUAUACCUGUGAAAAUUAAUUAUACACAAAUUAUAUUUGAAUGUAAUUUAUUGAAUUCAUACUGAUAAUUUUUAAGUUGAGUGCUGUACAUAUUAUUAGACCACUUAAUUUAGUAGCUGUUUUUAUGCAGCUUUAAAUGUAAACAGAUUAUUUACCAGUUUAUGUUUUGACAGCUAUAGAAAGUAAAUGAUUGUGUUGCAUGUAAGUUCAGAUGAUUAUAAGACAAAAUAAGUCCCACACUCCUUUAGAUUUCUGUCUGAAAAAUAAUUGUCUAAUAGAAAUGUGUACUUUAAGCUUUAAAUCAUAUUUUUUUCAUUUCCUGUCGUGUAAUUCAUUAUCUAGUCAUAAUACUUCAGAGUUUAUUUUUCAAGAACUGAAAGAUGAGUGUGUUAACAGAAUGAAUGGGUAAAUCUGGUUUGUAUUAAAUUGUUUGACAUAAUUAAUAGUUUUGUGACGUAGCAGUUCUAACAUUUGCUCAGAUUAUUUACUUAAUUACUAGUAUAUCUUAUAAAAUUUAAUUAACAAGAAUUUAUAAGUAUAGUACAUUAAUUGUGAAUUUAUUAGUAUGAGGGUGUAUAUGUAUGUACAGACUUACGUGAAAGACAAGUAAGAAUGGUUGUGUUAAAAUAUACUGUUUUAGUUGUACAUUUCACAAAAAUAAAUCUAUUUUUAAAGACAUAUGAAUUGCAUUGUAACAAAAAUAUUGACUUAACUGUUAACAUUCUUUCUUUGAAGUUCCUUCAUAAAUGUGUGUUGUUUAUUAACACUAGCACAUUUUGAAUAGAUUUUAAAAUGAUAACAAUUCACAAAACCACAGGAUGGCAUAAUGUACAUUUUGAUUAGCUUAUGGGUGUAUACAUGUUGAGACUAAAGAUAUUGAUAUACAUGUAUGUGAUAAUAAGUUCCUUUAAUUUUGAGUGUCAUGUGCAAUAAUGGUAUUUAGGUGUGAAUGGCGUUAGUUUAUGAUGUAGACCCUUCAUUUCUGCAGCAGCUUAUAUGGCGUCAAAUAAAUCAUCAUUUCCAAA